AGAAUAUGAGAGGCACCAAAUAUUCCGGGUCGUGGAAAGUCCUCGUUGUCCUUGUUGUGAUGACUUCAACUUUCACGAUUGUUAGUGGAAAUAAGGAGUGCUCGUGCCCAACACGAAAUGCUAGCCACCCGAGAACCAUCGUGAUUGGUGGAUCCAACAACUGGGAAGUCAAUGCUACUAACUACACAAUGUGGGCUUUUCGUAAUGGGCCCUACUUUGAUGGGGACGUCUUGGUGUUCAAAUAUAACAAUGACCACAACGUGGUUGAAAUGCCGGAUUCGGAGAGCUUUGAGAAGUGCAACGUGACGGGGGCAAAGGUGUUAGGGAGCACCAAAGAUGGUAGUGGUGAGGGGUUUAAGUUUACAUUGAAGGCCAGCUUGAAGUUAUACUUCUUGGCAUGUGGCCAGGCAAAUGGCGUCCACUGUGGCCUUGGCCAGAUGAAAUUACCAUUCUUUGUUUUGCCACGUCCGCAUUGAAUAAUAAUAAUUAUAAUUAUAAUAAAUCGAAAGUAGUAUGUUUCUACUUGAAUAAUAAUAAGACUUUUUGAAGUUGAUGUGCUUUAGUUUACGCGCUUUUUCCUUUGUUUUGUUUGAAAUGAAAAUAACCAGUUCUGAAUUUG